UAAAUCUAAUAUUAAGAAUAAAGUUAACUUAAUAUUGAAAAAAUCUGAAGUACUAGGGAAGAAGCAAAGGAGUUUAUUUUUUUUAACUUAUUCUUGAUGAGAUGAUUUAAUCUUUGGAUCACGUGAUUUUUUUUUCAUUUCACUUUAAUUAAAUAUUACGCAGUGAAAACGUUAAGUGCAACUUUAUUCAGCUUUUGUGGCGACGUCUACCAGUAGGAUCUCCUAUGCUCCAAAGAGUCCCAUUGAAGGUAUUAAGUUACUAGUUUUUAUUCCAAUCAAAAAUACAUUCGAAAAUCUCGACAGCAGUAUACUUAAAAAAAAACUGUAAAGACUCACUGUAUUGUCAGUAACUUACUCCAAUUAAUUAAAACCUUUUGAUAAAAAAUAAAAAAUAAAUCUUUCCAGAGAUUUCUUCAGCUACAACAAAACAUCAAAACCAUGGUACAAAAAAAUGGUACAAUUCCCUUACUUUUCGUACGUACAGCUCUAUAUUUUUCCUCCUUGGCCGUUGGUCUUUCGCUCCGUAGAGCAAUCACUAUAAAUACAAGUGAUUUUUGUCUGUCUGUACAUUGCCUCACGGACCGCAGAGCGGGGCCUUUCUCACCCCCUUGCCUAAAACAUAACAUUUAAACUUUUGUGAAAGUAUUGGAAGUUCGACUGUAGCGACAAUGAAGACCUUUACUGCUGUAUUGUUGUGCAUGGGUCUCACCCUCACCGCAGCCGCCCCGGUACCAGAUUUCGAAUACGACUACGACCACCCUGGACAACAAGCGCAGGCGCAGCAGGCACAGGAACCCCAGGAGUCAGCCAGCCAUUACGACGCCUACAUCCAAGAUGUGAAGGCUGCAGCUAGCGGCGGUGGCGGCGGAGCCAAGAAAGGGUUCAGUCAGGGCUCAGGACUGAGGACUAUAGCUCAAGGAUCCGCCAACCAAGCGAAGACAGCGCUCGGCAACCAAGCUGCUGCCGGCUACCAGGCCGCGUAUGUCGCUAAGAACACGCUCGCGCAGUCCGCUGCUCAAGCCAGUGCGACGGCUCAGGCUGCCCUCGCUGGAAAGCAGGUCAUCCUGUCAGGGCUGGAGCAGCAAGUGAGGGACGCGAAGGUUGGACUCCAGGGAGAGGAGAUGCAGCUGCAGCAAGCCAAGAGAGCCGCCCAGUCCGCCGCGCAGGCCGCCCAGCAGGCCAUGCACCAGGUGAACGUAAUACAAGCAGCUUUAAACGCUGCUCAAGCGACAUCGGAAAACGCGAACGAGGCGGCGUCGCAGGCGGCAGGCGAGCUCGGAGCGCAGACCGCCAUGGUGGGAGCCGCGCGCCAGAGGCUGCACGCGCUGCAGGAGCAGCUGCAUGGAGUCAGGAUCGACUUCGAGGCCACGCAGGCGGCGGCGAGAAAGGCUCAGGCGGCAGCUCAACAGGCACAGGCUAACGCUGCGGCGGCAGCAGCGAAGGCGGCGGCAGCUGGCCUCGGCGGCGGGCACCACGACGCCUCAGGAGAAGAGUGGGCCAGCACCAACCAGGACCCUAUUCAAGUGACCAGUGAAAUACCCUUGCACACCCAAGAAGCCACAGAACCCCUCGCUCUCACCACAACCACGCCAGAACCGCUCACAGUAGACCCAUCACAGCUAGCGCAACCGCAAGAGAACAUCGUAGACGAAUCCUUCGAAUUCCAGUUCCAGCCGCUCCGAUCCGCUUUCAACCACUUCAGAUAUAACCCUUUCGUGCCGAAGCCAACCAAAUUAGCCACCAAGCCCACCAAACUAAUAGCUCAGCCAAUCAAGCCAGUCGCACAACCGGCUAAAGCAGUUCUUAAGUCACCUAAAAUAGUCGCACAGCCGACGAAAGUAGUUCUUAAGCCAACUAAAUUAGUCGCUCAGCAAAAUAAAAUAGUUAAUAAGCCGAAUAAAUUAAUUGUCGCUAAAUCCUACGGGAAGGUCUUCCCCAAUGCUUACGUUAAUUUGGAUAGUUUCUUUAGGGAUAACAAUCAAAAUUAUAAUUACGCGAAACAGUAUGGAUUUUAUGGAUGGUAGUAAAGGGAGUUCUCACAGCGCCAGCAAAAGACGAACAGAAAGCGGCUGACCCCGGGGAAGAAGAGGCAGAAGAAUCAGAAGAGGACUGCGAAGAAGAAAAGAAGUAGAUAAGAGAAGUUGAAUGCCAUUUAUUAGUUCGAUGUCUACUUAAUUUAAUUUUUGUUACUUAAUUUUAAGUGUUGUAAUAAAAGUGUUGAAAAUAA